CAAUUUGCUUACUGAGCUCGGCAGUGCUGAAUAUUGUGUUAUUGGCGCCAACAGACUUGCACUGGUUCGUUGUGCUCGGAUGACAAUUCGAGCUCAGUGUGGACACAAGGAGAGUGAUCAAGAGCUCCAAAUGAAGUGAAGUGCUGCCAAAAACAUGCAGAUGUCGCUGCACUCGUUAUGCAAAUAUGGUCUCUUACAAAAUACGGAGACAAAGUAGAUUAUCACGGGGGUGUAUGCGGUUGAUUGGAAAUUCUCUCGGGAAAUCGAUGGGGAAACUGAUUUCUCAAGGAACAUUAUAAUGGCUCAAAAUAUGCUUUAUAUUGCCGUUUUAACAAAGAGGGACUUCGUUCUUUGCAGCCUUGCAAGAGUGCCGCUUGGAUAUACUAUGGUGAAACGCCGUGUCUUAUAAAGCAUUGAUGUGGCAGGAAGCUAGAUUCUUUUGAUGCAUCUUCUCCAACGUAAGAUAAUUUAAGCUCUCCACUGAAAUUGGCAAGUUGAUCAGUCUCAUAUAUUCUUUCCACCACCACCAAUAUUCCGACCGGAGAAAUGACGGCUUAUGGUGCUGUUCUUUCUCUUAGGAAUACAAUCAACAAUAUUCUCCAAUGUUCUCGUUUUAGCCUUGUUGGUCGCUCUCAACAAAUCAUACAAGGCGUGACCAACGAGUUGGAGCCAUGGCAAGAAAUUCUGGAAAGAUUGGACCAGACGAGCCCAAGCCGGAGCAGGAAGAGGGUGAAUGCUUUGGAUGGAAGAAUCAAAGAUAUAAUCUGGAAAUUCGAAGAUUCUUUGGAGACCCUUCUCACUCAACAGAUUCCUUCUCAACUCGAAACUCUUCCGGAGAUGGUCUCCGUUGAUCUGCAGACUCUUCAAAACGAAGUUCAUUCAUUUAGCCAGAAGCUCCAGGAUAUGGAGAAGGCCUACAUUUAUGAAGUGGAGAAUAUGCCUCAAGAUGAACUUAUUUCCUCGUCAAUUGGUUUCCCUGGAACCAAUUCAAAGAUGAUUGGAUUAUCCGACCAAUUCCAACUGCUCAAAACCAAACUUGUGGGAGAUUCCAACCGGAUUCAUUUCCAACAUCUAUUUGGAACGGCAGGAGUUGGGAAGACAACUCUUGCUACGCAAAUCUAUCAAGAUCCACAAAUUCAUAGCAAGUUUGAGUGUCGCGCCUGGGUCACUGUAGGCCGGGUACCUCAGCCGUUCGAUCAAAUCUUACAAGGCAUUCUUGCUCAACUGUGCGGAACUGGAAUCACUCUAGGAGACGAAGAAAUUGACAACAGUUUGAAAGAAAGAUUGCAUGGCAAGAAUUGCCUCAUUGUGCUGGAUGAUGUAUGGGAGACGGAUGCAAGGGAUAGAAUUUACGAUUUCUUUAAUGACAUCCAAAAUGGAUGUAUUUAUGUCUUGUCUACCGGCCGACAUCCAAAAUUGAUGGACAGUCACUAUCUUCGUGGGGAUGAGGUGCGGUUUUUGAAUGAAGAAGAAAGCAUGGAACUACUAUGUGAGAAGGUGUUUGGUGAUCAGAUUUGCCCUCCUCAACUUGAAAAAGUUGCCGCCAAAAUCGCCAAGCAUUGUGAAGGUCUCCCUCUCAUGAUCGUCACAGUUGCUGGCAUCAUUUCAAUAUCCGAGCAUAGCAGAGACCCGGUCUACUGGAAUGAUGUGGCAGAAAGGAGAAAUUCAGUCUUAUGGGAUGCAUGUAAUGAAAUAUCAAAGGUACUUUUCCCAAGUUACGACUACUUACCUCAAAAUCUUAAAUUGAUUUUUCUGUUUAUGGGAGUUUUCCCUCGAGAUUACAAAACACCCCCUUCUAAGAUCAUCAUUAUGCUCAUGGCUGAGGGAUUGCUUUCUGGGUAUAAAUCGGGAUGUACAUAUCUGAAAGAGCUGGCGUAUGACUACAGCAUUGUUUUACGCAUCUUAAAGAGUGUUGAUAAAAAUUGUCAUGAGUUUGACGUUUACGAGUUUAAAACUUUUUGGCUUCAUUCUUCAUGGCGGCACGUGUGUAGAGAAGAAGCUAGUAAGAACAAGUUUUAUCAUGUCUUAAAUAAGUUAACUGAUGCCGAAGAACAAGUUCUAAACGGUCAGCGUGGCUUAUGUAUCGAAAAUAACAUGUUAUUUGGCAUCAAAGACUUUCGUGACUCAGUGAGAUUGAACUGUGCAUCGUUUGCACGAUUUCUCCUUUUCUAUGGUCCUUGCCACCAAUAUCCAAUCCCAAUAGAUGUCAGUUUCAAGUUGUUAAGGGUUAUAGAUGCUCUUAGACAACGUUUCUAUAUUUUCCCAAUAGAAAUCCUAACCCUAAUCCAACUAAAGUACCUUGCUCUAACUUGCAAUGGAGAAGUCCCUUCAACCAUAUCUAAACUUUUUAACCUUCGAGCCUUGAUUAUCCAUCCACAUAUGAAAAUUAGACGUCGUGGAGCGCCAUCAUUUGUACCAAUGGAAAUAUGGGACAUGAAAGAGUUAGAGCAUAUCGAGAUAUUGGGAAAAAGCCUUGCAGCUCCAUCUCAUGUUGUUUCAUUGGAAAAGCUCACAACUCUGGUAGGGGUGAAUGCUAGUAUUUGUACAAUCUUCAAACUCUCCCAAAGAAUUCCUAAGAUAAAGAAGUUAGGAAUACAGAUUGAGCUCACACCUUAUGAGGAUCAUAACAAUCUUUUGAGUUGCCUUGAUUACAUUUCAACACUUGAAAGCUUAGAGACUCUAAAACUCAGUAUCACAAAUCCAGUCAUCAAGAAAGGUCAUGUUUUCCCGAUGAUUGAUGGGGCAUUGAAGUUGCCAUGUAAUUUGAAAAAGUUACAUUUGAGUGGUAUGGGUUUUCCAUGGAAAUACAUGGAUGUCAUUGGUUCUCUGCCAUAUCUUCAAGCUCUCAAAUUGCGAUCCUACGCCUUCCAGGGUUCACAUUGUAAUAUGACAAUGUGUCUUAGUUAUAUUCUAAUUGAAGAGAGUGAUUUGGUGAAAAUGAUACAAACAUACCCUUACGGAAUGCCUACAAACCUAAGCCUGAAACAUUGCUACAAACUUACUGAAAUCCCCAUAUCUAAUCGUUUUGAACACUGUACCAAAGAGAUUGAAUUAGAGGACUGCAAUCCUUUAGCUAUGACUUGGGCCACCCAAUUACAACCAGGUCCUCAUGGUGUGCUUCGUGUUACUACCUCUUCUUCUUUUGAUGAGAAACCGACAACUAUCAUAUUUGAAAGGCAUGGAUAUGAUCAAUCCGAGUCCAGUCAUUCGGAUAUGGAGGAAGCGAAUGUUCAUGAAGAAAUCGCCAAUUUAGGAGAGCUGACGAAGUGUCGUGAGGGUGCGGAUGAGGACAUGAAGAUGAAUAUACGGAUGAGGAGGAGAGUGAAGACGAAGAUACAUAAGAUCAUGAGGAAACUAUUUAGGCGAGCGCCAACGUCAAGGAGCAUGAGAACUCUUUGAGGCUUUGAAUUUGAUGCUACAGUGUUACACAUGUUAAUGAAGGUAGGAAUUUUCUCAACAAAUUCAAGAACCUUUCCGGUGAAUUCUUGGUAUGGUUUGAUUUUCAAUAAAUGAACCAUGGAUGUUAUUUUAUUUGGUUGUCACUUGGGUUUAAAACUGUAACUUGUGUUGGAUUCUUUUGAGGAUUAUAACUAGUAUUUAGGGGAUUGCUUUAAAAUGAGAAUGUGCAUUAGAUUCAUGGGGAAGUGAUUUGCUAAUUGUUCUGGUA